GUGUCUGUCUCUCUAUAAAGGAUGAGCUAGAAGUAGCUCUAGCCUCUAGGUGCACUCUUGAGGGUAAUUCAAAAGCUGUAGGGGUUGUGCAGACUUCAGAACUUCAGAUUAUAAAACUUGACUACCAUUUACUUCAAUUUUGUGUGGCCAUAUUUAUUUUAAUGUUAAUAACAGAUCAAGAACCACAAAUCUUGAAAACACUGCUCUUCAGUAGUCCCAGAUCUGCUUAUAAAAAGGUAUUCAUGAAAAGUGAUACAGGUGUUGUGGGUUUCAAAGGUCGGCUAGCUAAAGUGGAGCGGUAUGAGGAGUUGAUCCGUGUACCUCUUUCAUCUAUGGUGCAAUCUAUACGUGAUUCCUUGGUGGUGACUCGUAGUGGCGACAAAAUGUUUUAUGUUGCUCAUAUUUUCCUCUGUUUUAAGAUUCGGCUAAAUGGGAGCAACGGACGAACUGGUUUCAAACCGUACUGCGUUGUUAGUUUGUUACUGUGAGUGCUGCCUGCUUGUAUGAAAGGGAAGAUAUGGCACAGCCCUCCUGGUGCUUUUUGGCAAAACUGAGUAAACAUAUUGGAAAAAAGAAAGAUAGGAUGGUGGCAUAGUUGUUAUACCUACUGUUCCUAGAGCUACACCAAAGCUACAGACAG